CUUUUCUCGAUCAGCGGACCCCCUUUCUUAGCCCGAUCCAAUCUCGCUCGCGAGACCCCGCCGCGCCUCCCAGACUGAGAAUCUCGAUCCGAGCACCCUCCACCAAAACAAGCCUGAGCCUAAGCCCUCGCCCCGCAUACCUCGAGUUUCUCCCUCUCCGGCUCACUGGGCGUUCCCGUUUCCCGUCACGUGCCGCCCGCUUUUUCGAAGGUAUUACAGACUCUCUUUUCCGAAGCGAUUAUCCAACCAGCUCUUUCCGUGGGCUUUCCUCCAGCUCCACGCGCUUUGUGAUCUCGGCGCUUAAUCUACCUUCGUUUCCAGACACCGCAUCCGCGUCUCGCAUUCCGAACGCUUGACCUGUGCCCUCUGUACCAAGCUUUUGCGGAAAGCCCUGGUCUUAUAUACAUACGCCAUUCUUAGCGGACGUGUUUUCUUUUUCUUCCCGCGCUGAACUAUCUUUCCUCUCCAAAAUAUGUCUGACAAGAGACCUGGCGAGCCACGCGUGGGAAAAAAAAGCCUGAAAGGCAGGGUGUUCCAGUGCACCGGGUACGCAAACUGCACCAAGUCGUUCACGCGGUCCGAGCAUUUGGCCCGCCACCGACGCAAGCACACGGGCGAGCGGCCCUUUUCUUGCCAGCUCUGCUCCAAAAGCUUCUCCCGCUUGGACAACCUUCGGCAACACAAGCAGACCGUGCACGCAUACAAGAGCUUUCCGAAAACACCGGCGGACCCUUCCGAACAGAGCUUCCGGUAUUCGCCAAGCCAGCCGACAGGCGCAUCUCUAAGUGCCGAUCCUCGCCGCGCUCAAGAAACACCACCGCACUUCUUAUCGAUGAAAACGGACGAGCUGGCAUCGGCCCAUAGAUCGAAGCUGCCGCCCGAUCUCCUGUGUGGCUUUGUGCCCCCGCCGGGGAAUGGGAUUUCUUCAAAGCACAUGAUCUCGCCUCCGCUUUCGGGAUCCUCCGUAAGCACCACUUACAUCCCGCAGUUUCUCGAAAAUCCCCGGCUGGCGCUGCUUGCAGACACUGCCCCGAGCUCGCGCCUCGGGCUGAUGGCCGCUGUGCCCACUGACACUGAGUUUUCAGAGGCUCGUGACACGAUCAAAGAGCCUUUGAAAUUCAAUCCGAAAAACAGGCCUCGGCCGCUUUCGCUUCUACAAUCUUACUCCGAUGACAACUUCCAUAACAGGGUGGUGCCGGUGCCUACAGUGCGUAUAGACCCGCCUCUCAAAACAGCACCGCCACUCUCGACGUUUUCGCUGCUGUAUAUGCUUGACCUGUCUCUCCCGACACUAAGACCAUUAAUUGCUGGCACCAUGGUCUCCCCAUUAUCCCCACUUUUUCGUCAAUCAUUCAACCAGGUCGCCUCUACAACCACCAUGAGAGGAUCCUCUCUUUCCCCUGUCAUCCGGAGCCCGUGGCUGCAGCAGAGCAUUCCCUCUGUUAGAAUCCCGUCAAUCACAUCAAUCCCAUCAAUCUCACAGUCGUCUACAUCCGCUCUUCAUCCCAACCCUGAAAAAGACCACAAAGCUCUACCCCCGCUCAAGCCCAACUCUGUACUCCGAGAAGUGGCACCUGCCAAGCAUACGGAGUCGAAAUCGCCUCUGGACAGAAAAGUGAACAUCAAUCAUCUAUUGUCGGAAGACACUCCGGCGGCCGAGGAGACCCACCCACGGGUUCAGGUUGAGAAGUUGUGAAAAUUUUGAUUGUGCCAUGUCGAUUUUGACCUUAAUUUUCUUCUAUGAAAUGCAUUACUUUGCACCUCGACGCGUUUUAUGUCUCAAAGACAAAUUCACGGUAUCCGGCCACAUUAGAUCGGGCGGCGCCGCAUAUUUUGGGACGACGUGUCUGAAAUAUAUAAUUCAGCAGGACCUCUCAGCAUUAGAUGCAUAUCUUUACAUUUCAAUAAUUAUACAACCUGUUUUUAGCGACACAUAUGCGCAUUCGUUCAAAACCAGGAGUAGUGUGGUGAUCUACCCUCGAAGCAGCAGGUAGUCAGAGUAUAUAUCACACUUUUCAUGGGAGAGUUCGAGGGCAUUCCAAAAUCAAAAGCUAUUAUCUUUUAUGGUUAG